CUUCACAUCCACAUGAAGGUCCUGGUCCCUCUCAUCCACAUGAAGGUCCUGGUCCCUCACACCCACAUGAAGGUCCUGGCCCUUCACAUCCACAUGAAGGUCCUGGUCCCUCUCAUCCACAUGAAGGUCCUGGCCCUUCACAUCCACAUGAAGGUCCUGGUCCCCCUCAGAUCCACAUGAAGGUCCUGGCCCCUCACAUCCACAUGAAGUUUCUGGUCCCUCACAUCCACAUGAAGGUCCUGGUCCCUCUCAUCCACAUGAAGGUCCUGGUCCCUCACACCCACAUGAAGGUCCUGGUCCCUCACAUCCACAUGAAGGUUCUGGUCCCUCACAUCCGCAUGAAGAUCCUGGCCCUUCACAUCCACAUGAAGGUCCUGGUCCCUCACAUCCCCAUGAAGGUCCUGGUCCCUCUCAUCCACAUGAAGGUCCUGGUCCCUCACAUCCCCAUGAAGGUCCUGGUCCCUCCCAUCCAUAUGAAGGUCCUGGUCCCUCACAUCCCCAUGAAGGUCCUGGUCCCUCUCAUCCACAUGAAGGUCCUGGCCCUUCACAUCCACAUGAAGGUCCUGGUCCCUCUCAUCCACAUGAAGGUCCUGGUCCCUCUCAUCCACAUGAAGGUCCUGGUCCCUCACACCCACAUGAAGGUCCUGGUCCCUCACACCCACAUGAAGGUCCUGGCCCCUCAGAUCCACAUGAAGGUCCUGGCCCUUCACAUCCACAUGAAGGUCCUGGUCCCUCUCAUCCACAUGAAGGUCCUGGUCCCUCUCAUCCCCAUGAAGGUCCUGGUCCCUCACAUCCACAUGAAGGUCCUGGUCCCUCUCAUCCACAUGAAGGUCCUGGCCCCUCACAUCCCCAUGAAGGUCCUGGUCCCUCACAUCCACAUGAAGAUCUUGGCCCUUCACAUCCAGAUGAAGGUCCUGGUCCCUCUCAUCCACAUGAAGAUCCUGGCCCUUUACAUCCACAUGAAGGUCCUGGCCCCUCACAUCCACAUGAAGGUCCUGGUCCCUCACAUCCACAUGAAGAUCCUGGCCCUUCACAUCCACAUGAAGGUCCUGGUCCCUCUCAUCCACAUGAAGGUCCUGAUCCCUCACAUCCCCAUGAAGGUCCUGGCCCCUCAGAUCCACAUGAAGGUCCUGGCUCUUCACAUCCACAUGGAGGUCCUGGUCCCUCUCAUCCACAUGAAGGUCCUGGCCCCUCACAUGCACAUGAAGGUCCUGGUCCCUCACACCCUGUCACAAUCAGUCCUCCAGUCUCCCAAUUUGCCGCCUUGUGUUUGUCAUGCCCCUAAUCUCUGUGCAUUUUUUUUUUAACUUAAUUUUUUUAUUUAUUUUUUUAUUAUUAAUAAAGAACACAACACAAACAUUCCUUGACAACAUCACAAAUUAUGUAUGAUAGUGCUUAGGACAGAGAACAAAACAAGCAACAACAGAG